AUGUCAAUGAAAAUUAGUAUAUUUUAGAGUUGUUAUUAGGAUUUUAAUCUGAAAAAAUGUACUUAUUUAUUCGGAAUUGAUCCUUUUUGGGGAAAAACGGAAAACGAGUUGAAUUUUUUGAAUAGUUUUAAGAUGAAAUUGGCGGUUAUUUUGGGUGUUUUUUAGAUGCUUUUAGGUAUUAUUUUGAAGGGUAUUAAUUGUAUUUUGAAGUAGUAAUGGAUCGAUUUUUUUUUCGAGUUUUUACCCUAAUUUAUUUUCAUGAGCUUGAUUUUCGGAUAUAUGGAUUUCCUUAUUUUUUAUAAAUGGAGUUUAGAUUUUUAGGUUUAAAUUAUUUAACCGCCUUCUAUUAUUGCAGUUUUGAUUGAUAUGGGAUUAUAUUUUGGAAAAGUCAAAGGCGAUACCAUUAUUUAAGACUAGGAAUUGGUUUAGGUCAUUUUUUUGGUUUUGGCAAUACUUUGUGUGCCUUUAAUGUUAUUUCCUAAACCUAUUAUUUUAUAUUUUUAAAAAUAAUAAAUUUUAUUGCAGUAAAAUAAAUAGAAUUAAGAAUAAAUAAAUCUUGCAAAUGAUCUUGAAAGAGCUUAAAUUAGCUUAAUUAGAAAUACUCAUGAAUAAGAACUUCUUUCUUCUUCUAAUGAACUAUUUGUUCAUUAAGUUAUUGAAACCAUUGAAUUUGUUAUAGGUUCAGUUUCUAAUACUGCCUCUUAUUUGCGUUUAUGGGCAUUAUCUUUAGCUCAUUCAUAAUUAGCGUUUGUUUUUUUUGAUAAAAUUAUAAAAUAUUGGAUUGAAAGUGGAAAUAUAUUUAUGCUUAUUAUUUCUUUUUAUUUAUUUUCGAUAAUUACUAUUGGAAUUCUAAUGUUUAUGGAUGUUAUGGAAUGUUUUUUACAUGCAUUAAGAUUACAUUGGGUCGAAUUUUAAAACAAAUUUUAUAAAGCAGACGGGUAUUUAUUCGAGCCUAUUAGUUUUUAAUAAAUAAUAUUAAAUUAAUAAUUCUAAUCUUAAUGA